AUGGCACAACAAGUUGCAACACACGGGCCAAGGUCUGCAAAAUGGCCUUUUGCACAUAUGGCACGAGAAACAUGGUCAAAGUUUCAUAAAGUUCGAGUUUCGCGUGUAAAUGAGAAGAAGCAUUGGGCUCAUCCAAAAGAUAGAAUAAAGCUUUGGAAGAUACUAGAGGGUGAUACGGUAAAAAUUAUAUCUGGAAAAGCAAAAGGACAAGUAGGAAAAGUGACGUCGAUUGAUAAAUGGACAAAUAAAGUUAUAGUGGAAAAUUGUAAUAUCGGACUAAAAACACCCAAAGAAUUUAAUCCUAGUCCUAAACCUCCACCACCGCCAGAACAACGCGUCGGUCCUUGGUGGAUGGUGGAGUUUGAGCGACCAAUUCAUGUGUCUAACGUUCAACUUGUGCAUCCAAAUGAUCUUAAUUUAUCUGAUCCUAAACAAAUGCGAGUUGUUAAAUGUAGAUGGAAGUGCAUAGAAAUUACCAAUGAUCCUAAAAAAAAAGAUAGAUUUCGAUGGCGUCGAUUUAUAUCCGGAAUACCUGGUGAGCAGCACAUCCAAAUAGAGCUUCCUAAACGCGAGAAGAAAGAUCCGGAAGCUGAACAAGAAGUAUUAAACAGAUUAAACAGACAAGCCACAACACGCUUAGAAAGUUUUGGCAGACGCCGAAUUUUUCUUCUUCCAACGCAACGAGCUCAUCACUUAUUACUUACUAAUUCUAUCGCUUCUUUCGCAAGUAUGGCAAACGUCGGACUUGAUAAAUCACCUUUUUGGAUUGCGAAAACUCCCGAAGAACGCGAAAACCCCGUGCUGAACUGGGACAAGUUUCCUAACUUUGCGGCGAUAACUCCAGAAAAUAUACUCUCUGCCUUGGAAAUACUUUUGCCACGAGUAGAAAAAGAAUUCUUAAAACGAGAGAAGAACUUUUCGCCGACUUGGGAAGGAUCUAUAGGGUUAGUGCAAGACCUUGAGGAUGAUUUGGAGCGCGCAGUAAAUAUCCCUAAGCAUUUGAAAAAUGUUAAAGAAUCCAAGGAACUUCGAGAAGUUAUUGAGAAAAUGCAGCCCAAAAUCACGGAACUUACUCUUCGAAUGAAUCAAUCUUAUCCAUUAUACCAAGCUUUGACAAAACUCGCGAAUACUCCAGAAAGUUUUGCCUCCUUGUCACCAGCGCAGCAACGAGUUGUCCAGUUAAAUAUUCAGCAAAUGCAACUUACUGGUGUUGGACUUGUCGAUGGUUCACCAGAGAAAACUCGUUUUAACGAAAUUCGUAAUAGAUUAUCAAAAAUUUCGCUAAAUUUCGCGGAUAAUGUUUUGGAUGCGACUAAAGCUUUCGCAGAAAUUGUGAAAGAUCGAGAAGCACUUCGUGGAUGUCCUGAUCAGUUGCUGAAGCAUAUGGCCAAGUCUGCUAAAAAUAAAGGCUUUGGUGACGGGGAUCCAGAGAAGGGUCCUUGGGCCGUAACACUCGAUGAACCUUGUAUUGCUCCAUUCUUAAAGUUUUGCGCGAAUCGUUCACUGCGUGAAAAAGUAUAUCGUGGUCUUAAUGCCCGUGCUUCGACAGAAGGUGUUAACAAUGAGCCAAUAAUUAACGAGAUAUUAAAGCUUCGAAAUGAGGAGGCAUCGCUUCUAGGCUUUCCGCAUUUCGCGGCUUUAUCGCUUUCACACAAGAUGGCAGGUACACUAGAAUCUGCUAAUAAACUUAUCCAGGACAUCUUUGAAGCUGCGAUGCCUGUUGCCAAGCGUGAAUUCGAGGAACUUACGCUCUUUGCCAAAAAUCAACUUGAGCUAAACUUGCCAAUUAAACCGUGGGACGUGCCAUAUGUAGCCGAAGAAUAUCGAAAACAUUUGUUCAAGUAUUCUGACGACGAAAUAUCUAAAUACUUUACAUUUCAUAAAGUGAUUAAUGGAUUGUUUGAGUUGACGGAAGAACUUCUGGGAGUCCGUGUACAGGCGGUUGAUCAGAAAAAAGAGGGGUUCACAACUUGGCACAAAGAUGUUAAAGUGUACAAGAUUGUGGAUAAGUCUACUGAGGCACCAUUGGCUUACUUUUAUGGAGAUUUUUAUAGUCGUCCGGAAGAAAAAAAAGGCGGUGCAUGGGUGGAUCUUUGCGCUACCCGGAGCAAGGAUUUCAAAACAGGCCAAGUACGAGUACCAGUAGGGUAUGUGAAUUGCAAUGCCCCACCACCUUCAACAAAUUCCUCUACCCCAUCUACAAUGACUUUUCGGGAUGUGGAAACGAUAUUCCAUGAAUUUGGACAUGGUUUACAACACUCUCUGACCACAGUGGACUUACCGCAAGUAUCUGGGAUUAAGGGUAUUGAAUGGGACUUCGUUGAGGUCGCUUCACAAUUCAUGGAAAAUUUUAUUUACGAGCCCGAGAUAAUUUCGCGACUGUCAGCACAUGUUGAGACUGGAAAGCCAAUGCCCAAAGAUAUGAUCGAUUCACUAGUAAAAAAUCGUCAAUAUCUUGCGGGGAUGAUGGCGACACGACAACUUCAUUUUGCCCAAGUGGAUUUGACCCUCCACUCAAAUUUCACACCGCCUGAACCUACUGCAGUAAACGCAAAUCAGAAAACUGUUUUUGAUCUUUAUAAAGAGUUGGCUCAACGAAUGCUGGUUACUCCUGUGUUGCCGGAAGAUCGAUUCUUGUGUAGUUUUUUACAUAUUUUUAGUGGAAUGUAUUCGGACGGCUAUAGUGCAGGAUAUUACAGUUAUAAAUGGUCAGAAGUUUAUUCGGUGGACGCAUACGCUGCUUUCGAGGAAGCGGUCGAGAAUCUUCCCCCUGAAGAAAAGAAGGCCAAAUUAGCGGAAAUUGGACGUCAUUACCGUGAAACUUUGUUAUCUCUAGGAGGAUCCAUUCAUCCACGACAAGUAUGGAAAUUAUUCCGUGGUCGGGAAGAAGCAGAUAUUAGACCAAUGUUGAGACAUUCUGGCUUGUUAUCUGGUUAG